AUGGCGAGAAAUAAGAAGAGACUUUACGUUGCCGUCUACCCAAGUGGUCAGGGUACCGGGAGUUACCACUGGGCUCUUUUGGUCGGGCCAAAGAAGGAAGUCGGCCCCGUUGCUGGACAACGGUAUCAUGUCAAGAACCAGCCUGUCGGCCCUCCCUGGAAGUACGACGCGGGAGAUGUCCAAGAUGUCCGAGUAACCGCUCAGCUUCUGGCGCGGGUCGCCAUUGCCAAGAUUGUGGACGAAGAGCGCUUGAUCAACAUACUCGAACGAGUCCCUGUUAACCCGCCGAACUGGUCAGGUAAAGCAAAUGGCAGGGAGCCGAGGUGGACGUGCCGGCUUUGGGUGAUCGCUGCUUUGAAUGCUAUCAAAGCUGACGGCGAGGCUGUUGGUACUAAUGUGCUCGAUAAUAUCGACGGUCCUGGUGGCAUCAUCGAGACGACCAAAGAGUUUGUUGCCCGGCAGAUAGAGAACAGGCGAUAUGGGUCGGGUACGGAUGCGAUGGCGCCGAAGCCAUUGUUGGAUAUGAUGACUGGGAAGGAGAGCUACCUCUGA